AUGACUUACGAGUAUACAAAACGCAUUUUCGAAGAAGGCAUUGAGCAUCAGAUUGAUAAGAUUAACAACACAUGUAGAUGUACGAUUCUUGAUAUACUGAAGGUUGCUCUCAAGGAUGAGUACGAGGAAGUGCAGAAAGACCCUGUCUUUCGUCCGCUUCUGGCAAUCAAUGAUAACACGCUCAUUUACUCAGGGAAGAUUGUUCACAGCUUCAUAUGCAAGCAGCUAAAGGAAAAGAUCAAAGAAGAAUCACUGAAAGAAACCAAGAACUAA